AUGACCAAAAAUCUUUUGAAAGAAAACCCAUCAAAAGAUGACAAUAACAUUGAGGAUACAUUAGCUUUCAAGAGAUUUGAAUCUUUGGCAACUACUCCAACAUACACAGGUGCAGUCGUUUUAAAAGAUGAUGUUGAUAACUCUUUACUCACUAUUCAAGUGUAUCAAAGCCAACGAGAUUUGACUCGUAAAAUCAAAAGAAAAAUUGUUAAACAACUGAUUGUUUCUUUACAGUCAGAAGAAAAUCAAAUAAAAGUUUUGACAUCAUCAUAUUUUCCAAUAGAUUUGGAAAAUGUGACGUUACAAGCUUUAUCACCAAAUGGUAAAAAAUUAUUAAUAUUAAGAGUUGUUAAUGAUAAUAAGGGUAAAAAAAGAUAUGUCGAGACUUGGAUUCGUGGAUCAUUAAAACAUAUUAUUGAUGUUACUGAUAUUCAUGAAACAUUUGGGACUUUGGAUUGGUCUAAGGAUGGAGAAAAGGCUGUAUACAUUGCUGAGCGUAAAGCUCUUGAUGGUAAAGAUGAAAAGAGAUUUAAUUUUGAACCUGACUGGGGGGAAAAAUUGGUCGAUAAAAAAUUUCCAAUUAUUGUGAUAGUAGAUGUAAUAAAUAAUAAGGUUCAGGCUUUGCCUUCAUUUGAGAAUAUUGCACCUGGACAGGAUAUCUCACAGAAUCACGAAAAUUUGGUACUUAUGCUUGUAUUAACAGAAGGUAGAAAAUCAGGAAUUUAUCAAGUUCAAUUAGAUGGAUCAAACUUAGAAUAUUUAAGCAAUAAAGUAGAACAUGCUCGAUCUCCAAGACUUAAUCUAAAUCAAGGAACUCUGGUAUACCUGUCAAAUCCAGCAGGUGGACCACACAGUUGUUGUUCAGAACUUCGAAAGUCUAUAAUAGUUCCAAUCGUUCAUUGUCCAUCAGAAAAUUUCUAUGAUUAUUUUCCAGGAAUUUAUGUUGAUAAAUUACCCCAAAAAUCAUUUAUAAAACUAAAUGAUAAUGAUGAUGAAUAUGUAAUUUUUAAUAGUUAUUGGAGAAGCAGGCAAGUUAUUCUAGCAAUUAAUUCAAUCAACGGUAAAAUACAAAAUCUUACACCAUCCGGAAGUUGGAAUUUGCUUCUAGCAGAAAAUAAUUAUAUUAUUGCAACGAGUAGUUUACCCAAUGAAUUUCCUAAAUUAUAUAUUGGCAUUAUAAUUGAAAAACAUGAAAGUUUAAAGGUAGAUUGGACUUUUAUAGAUCAGCCGAAUUUGGAUGAAGUUGAGCCGAUUUUAUCUAAUAUCAGCUGGUCAAUAAUUCAACCUGAUGAAACUAACCCUAACCUGGAGUUAAUUUACCUAAAGCCAAAAAAUGUUACGAAUGAUAAAAUACCUUUAAUAGUUGUUCCGCAUGGUGGACCACAUUCCGUUUCAGUUCUAGGUGUUGAUUUAUAUAAUACAAUAUUAGUUUCAUUAGGAUAUGCUGUUAUAAAAGGAUUUGGGCAAGAUUCUAUUGACGCCCUUAUUGGAAAAAUUGGUGAUGUUGAAGUAGAAGAAGUUCAGUUAUCUACAAAAUACAUAAUUGAAAAAGAAAAUUUAGAUGAAAAAAAUGUUGUUAUUAUGGGUGGUAGCCAUGGAGGAUUUAUCUCGGCCCAUUUAAUUGGCAAAUAUCCAGAUUUUUAUAAGGUCUGCAUAAUGAUGAAUCCAGUAUUGAAUAUUGGAGGAAUGACUCCAAUUACUGAUAUUCCAGAUUGGUGUUUUUCCGAAUGUGGAAUUGAAUAUUCGUUAAAAAGACCAUCAAUAAUGAAACCAAAAGAUUAUUCACAAAUGUUUAAUAAUUCACCAAUCAAGAAUAUUGAUGAAGUAAAAACACCCACAUUAUUAAUGUUGGGACAAGAAGAUAAAAGAGUUCCACAUUAUAAUGGAUUAAAUUGGUGGUAUUACCUUAAGGGUAAAGGUGAUGUAGAUAUUCAGUGUAAAAUGUAUAAUGAAACAGGCCAUUCUUUGGAUAGCAUAGAUGCAGAAGUUUUUGGUUUCAUAGCUAUAAUUAACUUUUUAAAUGAAAAAGCAGGAUUUAAUUUAUCAAAAGAUUCUUAA